UUAGAGCGUGGGGUGAGGGUGAGGGUGAGGGUUCACCUGGAUUCGCUUUCCAGAGGCGCCCCCGGCUCACCCCGCUCCCUGGUUUCCCUCGGUCGCCGGAAAGAAGGGGAGCCGGGGAAGCCAGUGUCACCGCCGCCGAAGUGUAGAAGGAGGGAAAGGACUUCCCUCGCUUGCCUAGCGAUUAGCAGUGUGGGACGUGGGGCGACCGUGCCGAGUCGGACCCCGGUGUGCCCAGGUGGGGUGUGCGUGCCCGGAGGUCCGGGAAGGGGAGCGCAAAGCAGGAGGGCACCCAGGCAGCCUGGAUAAUUAAGUGAGCGCUUCAGUUCCCAGACCUUCCCGGUGCCGCGUAAGGGCUGCGAGGGAGGGGUCGGGACUCCCCCCCCCCACCCCGGUGGGACGGAGAUGUUGGAGGGGAUGCGCCCCGGUGGGUGCGUCGUUCCCACUCUGCGCUAAGGGGCAGGGCGGAAGACAGAACUGGGAGGAUAGCUCUGGUCUGAAGAGUGAACUGAUGGGAAGUGCCUUGUUCGGGGGUAACCAUUCCCCCACCCCCAGUUCUUCCUAAAGUGGGAAGUCAGUGUUAACGUCCUAACGAAAUGGGUCUCCGAAGGUAUUGAGGAGUCAGGUGAGAAGGUUUCAGGGGAUAAUUGGGUUUUCCCCCCACCCCGCAAGUUGUUGUUGAAUAUCCGGCAAGUUGCCUUGAGCCAUCAAGGCUGGAGGUCCUUGGGAGUUGGGAUUGUUCUGUGAAUUGGUCAGUAGGAGAGGAGGGAAACCUGGGGACUCUGCUUGGUAGCUCGGAGUGGAUCAUUUUAAUCAAAAUGGCUUUAGGUGUGUCUGUAGUUUUGUAAUUGAGACUAACUCUUUUGGGCCUUUGCUGUUGCAAAAUAAAGCUUGAAAAUUGACUCUUCCCCUCCUCCCCCUUCCCCCAAUUUGUUUUUGUUUUGCUGCUGGCUUCCAACUUGUGCUAGGAAGAGACCUGGGAAGUUAAGUUUCUUGCAAAGUAUAGUGGGGAUUGCAGCUGCUGAGCAGGGAUUCUGGAAGGCAUUGCGCACCUGAGCCCCCAGCAUGGCGGGCCUAAAGCGGCGGGCAAGCCAGGUGUGGCCAGAAGAGCAUGGUGAGCAGGAGCACGGGCUGUACAGCCUGCACCGCAUGUUUGACAUCGUGGGCACCCACCUGACACACAGGGAUGUGCGCGUUCUUUCUUUCCUUUUUGUCGACGUCAUUGAUGACCACGAGCGUGGCCUCAUCCGAAAUGGACGUGACUUCUUAUUGGCGUUGGAGCGCCAGGGCCGCUGUGAUGAGAGUAACUUUCGCCAGGUGCUGCAGCUGCUGCGCAUCAUCACUCGUCAUGACCUGCUGCCCUACGUCACCCUCAAGAGGAGGCGGGCUGUGUGCCCUGAUCUUGUAGACAAGUAUCUGGAGGAGACGUCAAUUCGCUAUGUGACCCCCAGAGCCCUCAGCGAUCCAGAACCGAGGCCUCCACAACCCCCCAAAACAGUGCCUCCCCACUAUCCUGUGGUGUGCUGCCCCACUUCGGGCCCUCAGAUGUGUAGCAAGCGGCCAGCUCGAGGGAGAGCCACACUUGGGAGCCAACGAAAACGCCGGAAGUCAGUAACACCAGACCCCAAGGAAAAGCAGACAUGUGACAUCAGACUGCGGGUUCGGGCUGAGUACUGCCAGCAUGAGACCGCUCUGCAAGGCAACGUCUUCUCUAACAAGCAGGACCCACUCGAGCGCCAGUUUGAGCGCUUUAACCAGGCCAACACCAUCCUCAAGUCUCGGGACCUGGGCUCCAUCAUCUGUGACAUCAAGUUCUCUGAGCUCACCUACCUCGACGCAUUCUGGCGCGACUACAUCAACGGCUCUCUACUAGAGGCGCUUAAAGGCGUCUUUAUCACAGACUCCCUCAAGCAGGCUGUGGGCCACGAAGCCAUCAAGCUGCUGGUGAACGUGGACGAGGAGGACUACGAGCUGGGCCGUCAGAAACUCCUGAGGAACUUGAUGCUGCAGGCACUGCCCUGACCUUUCCCCCUCACCUUUCGGGGGACUGUUCCCACCGCCCACCUCUGGAGCUUACAUACUGUUCUGGGGUUUGUUCUCUGCCCUUCCGACCAAUCACACCCCUGCCUUUUUUUUUUUUUUUUUUUUAAAGGAAAAGACAAAGGAAAAUGGAAGCGGUGUUCCCCACCCCUCCCUGCACCCACGUGCCUGGGCCUCCCCCGUUUCCCUUUUCCAUGGACCCUCCUAAUGUGUGUCUCCACAGCCACCUUGCCACCGAGCCGUAAGACAGACGUAGAGGGAGAAGCAAAGGCUGCGGGGAUGUAGUCUUUGUUAAGGGAUCCAAGUGAACACUGCUUCCGGGUGCAUUGUGGGGGGGGGUAUCCGUACUUCUGGCUUUACGAGGGCUCUUCAGUUUUGUCUGAAAAACCAAAGGGCUGUGAGUAAGGGAGCUGUGUGGAAGGUGGGACUCUGAAGUGUAUUUUGGAAAUUAAUCACCACCCUCUCCCAAAUUAUAUAAUUUUUAAAAAACAAAGAAGCUGUGGCCCUUUCCGCUCUCUCCUGGCCUCUGGUGCUGCUCCUCUCUGCCUCAUUCCCUCCAUUCCAGGGCUUCAGACCUCUGCCUGGUGUGGCUCCGUCCUUUGUCCCCUUUGCCAAACCCUCUCCAAGGGAGGACGGUAAGAGGACUGGGUCAGCUGAGUCACUCCUCCCAGCAGGGUGGAUGGAGAAGGGGGUGCUGAUUAAGAUACACUCCCCCUGAGAAGGGGAAGGGGGAGUGUGAGACUUCCCUUCCAUGUUCAAGUGAAAAUAAAUCAUGUACCCUGCAGCCCUUUCCCCUUUGCUUUCUUCUGGCUUGGGCAAAGGGCAUCACAGGUGAAUGUGAAGUCAUUCAGUAUCACCUCCUAUCUGCUCUUUCCUUCCCCAUUCUCUGCCCCACUCCCAAGCUUCCGAGCAUGGGGCUGGGAUAUGCACUGAGUGUUGCACUUUUAUUUGGGUAGGGAGGCAUGUUGAAUGAGCCAGGAGGCCUACAACUGGAGCCUAGUCUAGCUGGUACACCACCACCUCCCCUUUCAGCUCCCAAAGGAGAUGUCCAGACACAGACUUUAUGAUGGUUAUAUUUUUUUCAAUGCCAGUGCUGCUCAGCCCUCAGCAUAACUUCAGUUUUCAUGAAAUAAACAGUGACUAUAUAAAAUUC